AUGCUUAUAGAUCUAAUUCAACGUCACGGCUUGGCGGUGUGGGAUGCAUGGAGUGGGGUAUAUACCUUGGUUACCCUGUGGAUUGUUUGGCGGGUGGUGAUGGUGCUGGGGAUUUAUCGGAAGCGGCCGGUGAGGAUCGAUGCCCUCUUUCCCUUGUUGAACGCUUAUAUGGGGGGUACGUCCGUCUUGCUCGGGAAGUGGCUCAGCAGUCUCGAGUUUAUGGUUGAUGGGGCGGGCAUGAUCUGUGAUAUCUACCGAAGGCUAGGAAGUGGUAAAUCCUUCGCCAUUCCGGCUUUGGGCGAGUACCAGGUGCUGGUCUCCUCUGAGCAGCAGAUCCGCGAGCUGGACCGGAGCUCGGAGGAUGUGCUUUCAUUUCACGCCGCCAUGGAGCAGCGAAUCAAGCAUAAGUACACCUUGUGUGGCUUCGAACAUAACGAUGUGGAUCCAAACAAUGAUGUACCUAAGCGGGUGUUGAAGGUGCGGCUUCGCAUGAACCUGCCUGAAAUGCAGGGGAAUCUGCAGCCGUUGAUUCGGGAUACAGUCUCUCAGGAGCUGACAAAGGGUUCGGGUGGCUGGAGUCGAGUGAGCGGGCUUACCUUGGCUAAGCACCUCAUUACACGUGUGAACAAUCGUGUCAUUCUUGGAUCAGAUCUAGCCAGCGACCCUAGGUUUGAAGAUGAUGUUAAUCGGUACCUGCAAGACGCCGUGGUGACUAUGGAGCUAUGUCGCCAUCUGCCGUCCAUUUUGGUUCCGCUAGUAGCACCAGUCAUGAUGCACUGGAGUGGCGCCAUGCAUCGGAUCAAUUGCUCCAUCACUGCAGAUAUCGAGAAGCGAGUCGCGGAGAACCAAAAUGCUCCGUAUGACUGCAUCCAAUGGGUAAUGGAGUCUUCCAAGACCGAAGCACAGCGGUCGGUAGCCAGAUUAACCCAGCAGAUGUUUGGCAUUCUGUUUGCCUCAGCGCAUCAAAUGACCAUGGCUCUAGUAUAUGCCAUGUUCGACCUAUGCCUCCACCCCGAAUAUAUUGAGCCGCUCCGCAAAGAGAUCAAACGUGUGCGCAGAACGACUAAUUUCAGCGAUCAUUUCGAUCAUUUGCCUUUACUAGAUAGCUUUCUGCGCGAGUCUGCCCGGCUCAAUGCCUUGGAUGCACUGACUAUGCAACGCAUGGCUUUAUCACCUUACACCUUCGCCGACGGCACACACGUCCCAGCCGGGAACCUUGUUGCGGUUCCCCAGGCGGCAGUCAUGCAGGACUCGCGCCACUACGCAGAGCCGACUGAGUUCAAUGCAUACCGGUUUGUGGCCGUGGAUGAGACGGACGGGACGAUGAGGGCUUUUCCAAAGUAUACAGACGUGCGCUGGGAUUAUCCAUAUUGGGGGUCGAGUAAACGAGCCUGCCCGGGUCGCUGGUACGUCUCGCGAACGCUGAAACAGAUCCUCGCCCACCUGGUCAUGAACUAUGAUAUCAAAUUAGCAAAUGAAGACGCACCCCGAAGCUUCGUCUGGACGACAGCGGUCGUACCUCGGUCAAGUACAAAACUGAUGCUACGACCAAGAAAGUGA